GCCGAAUAGGAAGUCACUGGCAGGUCAGUGUUUUGCCUGUAGUUCGAAUAGAUAAAUGAGUGAGAGAAACCGAGUGUUAAGUGUCGUUUUGUGCCGUGAGUAUGCAUUUAAUGUUCGCGGUCAGAAGCUGUAAAGCUGCGUCCACGCUUCAGCGCCGUGCACGAAGUUUUUCGCCUUUAUCCUCCGUCCUGUCUCUUCGACACAGCACAACCCACGUGGGCACACCUGACAAGAAUUAUUACGUCACAACUCCCAUCUUCUACGUCAAUGCCCCGCCUCAUUUAGGACACCUGUACUCAGCUGUGGUCGCAGACUGUUCACACAGAUUUAAACAGUUGCAGGGCUUCAACUCCAAGUUUUCUACAGGCACAGAUGAACAUGGCUUGAAAAUCCAACAAGCUGCUGCUGCGGCAGGAAAAGACCCGCUAACGUUCUGCACCGGCAUGUCUGAGAGAUUUAAAAAUCUCUUUUUCAGCUGCAACAUUUCCUAUACAGACUACAUAAGGACCACUGAGCAGAGGCAUCGUCAGGCUGUGGAGUGCUUCUGGUCAGUGCUUUGGAACAAAGGCCUCAUCUACAAAGGGAGUUAUGAAGGCUGGUACUCCACACAAGAUGAAAGCUUUCUCACACCAUCACAGGUGGGCAAUGACUUGGACGCAUCGGGGAAGGAGAUCAAGGUGUCACUGGAAAGUGGCCACCAGGUGGAGUGGAUGAAAGAGGAGAACUAUAUCUUCCGUUUGUCAACGUUCCAGUCUCAGCUGCUUGACUGGCUCAGGGGAAAUUCCAAAGCUGUUCAACCCACACGUUUUUACCAGGCCGUUCUUCACUGGCUGCAGGAGGAUCUUCCUGACCUCUCAGUAUCCCGCCACAAAAGCCGCCUUCAGUGGGGAAUCCCAGUGCCCAACGACCCGGACCAGACCAUCUACGUGUGGCUUGAUGCUCUUGUCAACUACCUCACAGUCACUGGUUAUCCAGACAAAUGCAGCCAAUGGUGGAAUGUGUCACACCACGUUAUAGGAAAGGAUAUCUUAAAAUUUCAUGCCAUCUACUGGCCGGCGUUUCUGCUCGGGGCAGGUUUGCCGCUGCCACUGGCUAUAUACGUGCACUCUCACUGGACAGUAGAUGGAAAGAAGAUGUCUAAAAGUUUAGGUAAUGUGGUAGAUCCUGUAGAAUGUUCACAGAUGUUCACAAAUGAAGGCAUGAGGUACUUUCUUCUGCGCUGCGGUGUCCCAGACUCUGACUGCAAUUACACAGAGGACAAAGUUAAGAAGCUUCUUAAUGCAGAGCUUGCAGAUUCUCUGGGUGGUCUGCUUAACCGCUGCAUAGCUCCUUCUCUGAAUCCAGCUCAGGUCUACCCCUCCUUCUGCCCUCAAUCGUUUCCAGCUGAACAAGGUGUCAGUCUGAAGGGCAGGGCUGUGGCUGAAGACUACCACAUGUUGGAUGUGGUGCAAAGUCUUCCUGCUGUGGUGGAGCAGCACUAUGACAGCCUGCAUGUGUACAAAGCCAUGGAGGCCAUCAGUGCCUGUGUGAAGCAGACCAAUAGGUUUGUCCAUCGCCAUGCACCGUGGAAAUUGGACAGGAGGGACUGCAGAGACCAGCGCUGGAUAGAUACCAUCCUCCAUGUGUGCCUGGAGUGUCUCAGGAUGUAUGGCACACUCCUCCAGCCAGUAGUGCCAGAAAUUUCCAACAAGCUGUUGUCCAGACUCGGCGUCCAACCCGACGAGAGGAGCUGGUCAGCUCUGAACUUCCUGCCGAGGUAUCGAGGAAUGGACUGUCCUUUUGAAGGGAGAGUACUGGGUGCUGACUCUGGACUGCUUUUUCGUCGUUUGGAGAGGCAGAAUAUUGAUGGACGUAAACCUAAAGUUAAAGUUAAGCAACAAAAUAAUUAUUUCAGGUUCACACUGAAAUACUAAUUGUGAAACCUUUUUUUUUUAUUUCACUGGCAUUACAUUUUUAUAUCUACAAUUUUAAUUAUUAGCAUUGUGGCACGAUAGACUUGUCUCAUUCCCACAAAAGUAAAUUUCUACAAGUAUAUGUAACUUGGAAUAAAAAUGUUAUAAAAUGGCAUUUAAAUUCAAAUUAAAGUUACUUUUAGGUUUUUGUUCUACCUCCCCAGCACGAGUUAGCCGAGGUAGAUGUUUUUACUGAACACUGAAGCACAGUGUGAAAUCACAUCUUGACAUUUAGUGGAGCAGAUAAGUUUGAUUUUUGGCCAGAAUUGCUCACUUGGUGGUACAAGUAUCAGAUUUGGCAUGAAUGUUCUUCAUAAAUCAGUGUUUGAGGAAAAAAAAAAAACGCUGG